AUGGCGUUGACAAUUUCCCGAGUCUCAUUUGAGCAUCACCGCACUGCCCUGGGGAUUGCGGAGACUGAACCAAGAAUCUCGUGGAGAUUUGAUGGUCCCGUUUCGAACUGGGAACAGAGCUCAUACGACAUUGAGGUUACUCGGAGUGUCAACAAUGAAUCCAAAUCCUUUUCUUCCAAUUCUUCCGAUUCACUUUACCUCCCUUGGCCAGAUGCACCCCUAGAUGAAGCCGAACAUGCAUUCGUUAGGGUUCGCGCGCAUGGUUUCGCCGCAAGUGAUCAGCCCUCCACACCCUGGUCCGAUUGGGUGUCUGUCGAGACUGGUCUGUUCAAGAAGAGUUGGGAGCAUGUCAAACCCAUUGCUUCAACUAUGAAGGUCAAUGUGAACGAACCGAAAAGGCCCGUAUACUUCAGAAAAGACUUUGCAGUACCUGAUAGUUUCGAAUCAGCGAGGCUUUAUAUCACCGCUUUGGGUAUUUACGAAGCUGAGAUUAACGGGAAGCGAGUCGGAGAUCACGUCUUGGCUCCAGGAUGGCAGUCAUACCAUCACCGUCAUGUCUAUGAUACAUAUGACGUUACCAACCUUAUUACUCCAGGCGCGAAUGCGAUUGGAGCACUGGUUGGUGAAGGGUGGUAUGCUGGCCGCUUAGGGUUUGACGGAGGACAACGAAAUAUCUACGGGAACUCGACAGGUCUCUUGGCACAACUUCACAUCAAGUCAAAGAAUGGCACUGUUUCCAAGAUUUACACCGACACGACAUGGAAGUCAGGGUUUGGGCCAGUUGUCAAUGGAGAGAUUUAUGAUGGAGAAUUGUAUGACGGUACCCUUGAAGCUGAGAUUAAAGGAUGGUCAGAGCCCGAAUACAACGACGCAUCCUGGUAUGAGACUCAUCUGCUCCCUGCAGUCGACGGAGCACUCGUCCCACCAGAUCAGCCUCCUACUCGUCGAAUUGAAGGGGUCAAACCAAAAGAGUUCUUCAAGUCGCCAUCUGGAAAGCAACUUGUCGACUUCGGCCAAAACCUGGUUGGCUGGUUGCGAUUAAAGGUUGACGGACCUGCAAACACAACCAUCACAUUGAAGCAUGCAGAAGUUUUAGAAAACGGCGAACUAGGAAUUCGACCGCUUCGAAAAGCCAAGGCUACGGACACAAUCAUGCUUAGCGGGCAGGGCCCACUUGAGUGGGAGCCAAAGUUUACAUAUCACGGUUUUCGCUAUGCUCAGAUUGAUGGAUGGCCUGAGGAGACACCGUUGGAUGAAAACAGUCUUGAGGCGAUUGUUGUCCAUACUGAUAUGGAGGAAACAGGCUACUUCAAUUGCUCACAUGAACUGUUGAACAAAUUUCACUCCAAUGUUCGCUGGUCGAUGAAGGGUAACUUUCUUUCCAUUCCCACGGACUGUCCUCAGCGCGAUGAGCGUCUUGGAUGGACUGGAGACGCCCAUGCCUUUUGCCCAACAUCGAACUAUCUCUAUGACACAGCGUCAUUCUGGAAGAGUUGGCACAAAGAUGUGUGGUCUGAAAUGUCGGUCAAUAACACUAUGAUUCCCCCUUUCUUCAUUCCUACCAUUCCCUCGGCAUUUGGCACGGUACCAAUUGCUUCUUCAGUAUGGGGAGAUGUUGUAGUCUCCAACCCGUGGAACAUCUAUCAAGCCUUUGGCGACAAGGGGCUUUUGGAGGAACAUCUCCCUCAGGCCCAAGGCUGGAUAGAUAAAGGAAUUCCCAGAAAUGAGGUUGGCCUAUGGGAUCGCAGAACUUUCCAGUUUGGGGACUGGUUGGACCCCCUGGCCCCAUCUGAUGAUCCCGGAGGUGCAACGACUAGCAAGUAUUUGGUGUCAGAUGCGUACUUGAUCAGGAUGACUGAGAUUCUCACACAAAUUGUUACUGCUCUUGGGGAGUCGGAUCUGGCUGAGAAAUACAAGACACAACAGUCGGAUCUCAAGAGCGAGUUUGGAAAAGCUUGGGCACCAGAUGGAAAGUUGGCAAACAGGACUCAAACGGCGUACGCACUGUCUGUGGGCUUUAACCUUUUGAACGACGAAGGACAGAGAGAAAAGGCAGCGGCAACAUUACGUGAGAUCAUCCGAGAGAAUGACCAUCUUGUUGGCACUGGAUUCGCGGGUACCGCGCCUCUUGGCUUCGCUUUGAAAGACGCCAAUGCCACGGAUGAUUUCUACCGAAUGCUCCUUCAAGAGAAGGUCCCAUCAUGGUUAUACCAAGUCGUCAUGGGGGGUACAACAACCUGGGAAAGAUGGGAUAGUCUCUUACCGAAUGGCACAGUUAAUCCAGGCGAGAUGACCAGUUUCAAUCAUUAUUCUUUUGGGUCUGUUGCCAAUUGGAUGCAUCAAGUCAUUGGGGGAAUUGCGCCCCUCGAUCCGGGAUACAAGAAGGUUGCCAUUGCGCCUAUUCCGGGAGGGAAUAUUACACAUGCAAGCGCGAAGCUCGUCACUGGGUAUGGUACAAUUUCAACGGAUUGGAAGUUGACGGAUGAGGGGUUCCAGUUGAAAGUGAGGAUUCCACCGAACACCAAGGCUGAUAUCACUCUGCCUGGGACAGGGAAGACGGAAACUGUUGGAUCUGGACUGCAUGAGUUCUACCAAUCAACCUGA